AUGGGCUCAACAGCAGUUGUUCGUCCUGAAAGGGCGGUUAUUGGCGGCUCUCUCGAGAUUUCUCGCAUGAUUAAUGGCCUAUGGCAGCUUGCUGGCGGCCAUGAUAAACACACCGACAUGGCAAUGGCUGUGAAUGUCAUGGAUAACAUGCAACGCGGAUUAGACACAUUUGAUAUGGCUGAUCAUUAUGGAGAUGCAGAGCUAGUUGUUGGGAAGCAUAAGGAGGCCAAACCAGCUAGCAGCAAGGUGACAUUCACAAAAUGGUGCCCUCCAGAGAACGGAAUCAAGACUUUUGAAAAUGCCGAGGCAGCUGUUGAUCUCGCACGAAGGCGAAUGAAUCAGGACAAGAUUGAUCUCCUGCAAUAUCAUGCCUGGGACUUUUCCGACAACACGUACUUGCACAACCUUCAUCACUUGAGCAAGCUCCAGAAGCAGGGCAAGAUUGGCCUCAUCGGACUAACCAACACCGAUGCUGCACAUUUGAAACUUCUGCUAGAUACGGGGUUCUCUAUAGCCACCAACCAGAUCCCGACCAACGUGAUUGACCGACGGUUAACGCGUGGCUCGCUCAACCAGCUCUGCCUAGAUCGUGAUGUCGGUGUCCUCGCGUACGGCACACUGUUAGGUGGUUUCCUCAGUGAAAAAUGGCUGGGACAGCCCGAACCAGGCAAUAUAAACGAGCUCAACUGGAGUUUGCGCAAAUACCUGCGCUUCAUCUGGGCAGCUGGAGGCUGGGUUCCAUUUCAGACGGUUUUGGAGGCGCUCAAUACGAUAGCACAGAGACACGGCGUUUCCAUCGCUGCCGUCGCCACUCGAUACGUGCUCGACAUUCCUUCUGUAAAGGCUGUUAUUGUUGGGUCUCGUCUGUCUUAUGAUUCCGAGGAGUACAUUGACAAGAACCUUGAGGCAUUCCAGUUGCAACUGACGAGCGAUGAUUUGGCACUCAUACAUAAAGCACAGGAGGGAUUAACCGAUGUGCCGGGGGACUGCGGAGAUGAGUACCGCAGGCCUCCCUUUUUGACUGCUGCUGGCGAUACCAGCGACCACCUCGCGGAGAUUGACAAGACUAAGCAUGUGAGGGAGGCUAUCGCUAAUGGCAAACGUGUGGAAUACUCGUCUUUAAGUCCAUGGGAGCCAAUUGCUGGCUAUUGCCGAGCUGUGCGAACAGGAAAUGUUAUCCGCGUAUCUGGCACAACUACAAACAAGCUCAUACCCAGUCUGCCUGCUAUUGGUGGCAAGUCAGCUCGCAGUCAGACCGUGCAUAUUCUAGAUAUCAUAGAGAACGCCCUCAAAGCCCUUGAUUCGUCCCUCUCCGACGUGGUACGUACGCGAAUCAUGGUGCGAGAUGAGAAUGUGUGCGAGGAGGUCAGCCGGGCCCAUGGUUGGGUAUUCAAAGCUGCCGGUGUCCAUCCAUCCAAUACGUUUGUUACGGCCGGCCUGAUAGGUGACGAAAUGCUAGUGGAGAUUGAAGCAGAAGCAGAAGUUGGUUCGGCCAAGGCAGGUGUCUUGAGAAUUUGA